CUAUCAAUAUUUCUCUCCCAUUGCCUGCCUUCUCUUCUUAAUCUUCCCUCUCCAAACUCUCCUUCCCUCUCAAAGUUAUUUGCCAUGAAAAAAACUCAACCAAGUCCCGGCUUCUUCACCUCGAACUUCUUAGCUCUUCUCGUCGUCGUCUUCUUCUACUUUAACGGCAGGCUAGCAGAGAGCUCAUCCUGCAACUUGUUUCAGGGGAGGUGGGUAUAUGAUCCAGCCUACCCGCUCUAUGAUUCGUCCACCUGUCCGUUCAUCGACCCUGAGUUCAACUGUAAAAAGUACGGUCGCCCCGAUAACAUGUACCUCAAGUACAGGUGGCAGCCAAGUGCAUGCAAUCUCCCAAGAUUUAAUGGCAAGGAUUUCUUGUGGAAAUGGAGAGGAAAGAAGAUAAUGUUCGUCGGAGAUUCGAUAAGUCUGAAUCAAUGGGAGUCCCUCAAUUGCAUGCUUCAUGCAGCCGUGCCUUAUGCUAAGACUUCUAUAUACAGAAAACAGUCACUCUCUACGGUCAGAUUUGAGGACUUUGGGGUGUCAAUCAUGUACUAUCACUCAACAUAUCUAGUAGACAUUGUUCGUGAAAAGAUCGGGCGUGUGCUGAAACUGGACUCGAUACAAAGCGGGCGUGCGUGGCUCGGGGCUGAUAUGCUCAUCUUUAACUCAUGGCACUGGUGGACUCACACUGGAAGCAUGCAACCGUGGGACUAUGUUCAGUAUGGGAAUCAUAUAUCAAAAGACAUGGAUCGAUUACAGGCAUUCGAGAAGGGGUUGGGUACAUGGGCCAACUGGGUGGACUCCAAUGUUGAUACGAGAACGACUAAGGUCUUCUUCCAAGGGAUUUCUCCGACACAUUACUUAGGAGGAGACUGGGGUGAGAUGAACGCGAUGAACUGUAACGGACAGACACGGCCACUAAGCGGAUCGACGUAUCCAGGAGGUUCCCUUCCUGCAGAAUCAAUAGUAAAGGAGGUGUUGAGUAAAAUGUCGAAGCCAGUGUAUCUUCUUGAUAUAACAUUGCUCUCUCAGCUAAGAAAGGAUGCUCACCCAUCUCAAUACAGCAGCACACACUCGGGUAAUGACUGUAGCCAUUGGUGUGUUGCUGGGGUUCCUGAUACAUGGAACGAAUUGUUAUAUGCAGCUCUCCUUUGAGAUACGUAGGAUAAGCAGCAUUGUCGAGACACAAGAAGAAAGAAAAGAGAUCAUAGUUUUGUUUGAAGGUACUGUUUACAGCAUAGAUUAAUUGUCUUAUUGGAAGUAAAGGUGUAAAUAGUAAAAGAUUCGUGCAUUCAAAAUCCCUGUUGAUGCCUUAGAGGAUAAAAGUCCUUCUGUGGUUAAAUGACUUUUCAAGAUUCUAUAACCUGUUUCAUUCUUUGGAUA